AUGUGUGGCAACGUAAAGAUUAAGAACCACUGCUUUAGUGGUAUACAAAUUGUGUUGGACAUGCACGACUUCAUGGGUGGAGAUGUGAAGGUGAAGGUAGUAGGUGAGGAAGAACUGGUGGUGGAAGGACGUAUGGAGAAGGAAGAGGGAAAGUCUUCCAUGUGUGCGUACUCAUUCAGAAGACGUUUUUCCUUGCCCCAUCUUACUAACUUGGCAGCAGUUACAUCUGUCAUGUCUUCAGACGGAAUCCUCACAAUCACUGUGUCCAAAGUUGGAGAUGCACAACAGAAAGCCACCGUCAUUCCCGUCCACAUAGAAAAUACUCAGAAUACCUCAAGAACUCAGAACUGGGAAUCUGACACAUCUACUGCUUCUGUUGAGGCCACCUCAAAGUCCAUGGACGUAGAUCAAAAAGAAUGUGAAUGUACAAGCUCUUUGAAAAGCAGAUGCCAGGCUAAGAAGACAGACAUUCCAGUUAGCAAGGCCUCUCAUACACAGGAGGAGGGAUUUUCUGCCUCAGAACAAAAAAAUUCAUCAGUGUUCACAAAAUCCUCCUACACCGAAGAAAGAGCAAAAAGCGGCUCUAAUGGUUCUUGGGACACCAUACUACCCAUCACUCGAAGGGGAAAUUUCUUCCACGACUCCUUCUUCUCUGAUAUACAUCAGGAUUUCAACUCAGCCAUCAGGGAGGUCCUGGAAAGGUGGAAUGACACAGAUCUGAAGCUGAGAGACCGCUGCGACG